AUGGCAGGAAGUAAUAGCAUUUCGCUAUUGUCUCAUUUGACAGUUAUUGUAAUACGUAGCUGCUUUCAAAAGGUGACUAACGUGGUAAGGAAACCAUUCAUCGAUGAAAUAUUCCACAUUCCUCAGGCAAGACAGUAUUGCAGAGGGAGAUUUGACGUUUGGGAUAAUAAAAUCACGACUCCACCGGGUUUAUACUGGUUGGGUUAUGUCUGGGUAAAAAUUCUAGCAGUGCUCAAUGGCGGCGAGUUUAAAUGUGAUACCAAUACUCUGAGGGAUAUCAACUUCGUAGGAUUUGUUGUGUUACAGCUUCUGAUUUUCUACCUUCAGAAGGGGACUACGGGUAAUAGCUACUCUACAAGUUCCAUAUCAUUGAAUCCGUUGAUCACAUUAUACUAUUCGUUAUUCUACACUGAUGUUUGGUCUACAGUUUUUAUUGUGGCCUCUUAUGUUGUUAUUGUCAAACAGCCGUUUGGUAAAUAUAGAAGUGCGACGAUUUCAGCGUUCAUAGGACUGGCAAGUGUGACCUUCAGACAGACAAACAUUAUAUGGAAUGCCCUGAUUCUAGCAACCUUCAUUGAUCAACAGAUCGACCCGAAAGAUCGAACGAAUUCAUUCUCCGACAUAAAACUCUUUAUCGCUGAAACAUGGAGAAACAUCCUGGGAGUACUUCCGUUUGCCAUCAACUUUGGACUCUUUUUGGCAUUUGUUUACACCAAUGGAGGAAUAACAUUAGGUGAUAAGCAGAAUCAUGUUUUCAGUGUCCAUAUUGCUCAAUUAUUUUACUUUACCUCUUUUGUUGCAAUGCUUUCCAUUCCAUUGUGGAUAUCGCCCUCUUUUUUCCUGGGAUACUUGAAACUUUUGAGACAAAACAUAAUCUCGACCAUCAUCUCGUGGGCUGUGAUAGCUUUACUUGUGCAUUACUUUACUGUUGUGCAUCCAUUUUUACUUGCCGAUAACCGUCAUUACACAUUUUAUAUUUGGAGAAGAAUCAUCAACUUGACAGCCUAUUCCAGAUAUAUGCUAGCCCCCGCCUACCAUUUCUCCAUUUAUGUCACCUUCAAAAUGCUUGCUGAUAACAUUCUCUCGCUCCCUAACGAGCAAGAGAUACAACAGCAAGAGACAGAGUACGAGCAGAAGGAAAGGUUUACAGAGGAGGAUUUUGCUGAUGAAGGGGAAGAUCCCAUCAAGCCCACCUUCAUUACCAUUGCUGCACUUUCAAUAUGCACUGCUCUUACUUUAGUGCCGUCUCCCCUUUUUGAGCCACGAUAUUUCAUUAUUCCAUUCACUUUCUGGAGGCUUCUAGUCCGUCCUUCGGACAGCACUUUGUUUGAGAAUGAGUCUUUGAAAAAAACCAACAAUCGCACAAGAUUAUUGUUUGAGUUAGCAUACUUUGUCGCUUUCACGUAUCUUCUUUACGAAGUAUUCAUCCAAUACACUUUCAAAUGGCCCAGUGAGCCCCUGGAAUAUCAGAGAAUCAUCUGGUGA